GAGCCUCCAAGAACAUAACAGGAUAUUCAGGAGGAGGAGUCCUUAUCAAGUGCAAGUAUCAUACAGAAUACACAGAAAACCGAAAAUUUUACUGUAAGGGUUCAUGGCUAUCCUGUUCUUACCAAAUAAAGACAGGAGCUAAAAACGAGUGGAUAAAUUCAGGAAGAUUCUCACUGAUUGAUGACACCAAAUCAGCAGAGUUCAGUGUGAUGAUCAGAGAGCUCACUGUAGAGGACACUGGGACGUACCAGUGUGGAGUUCAUAAAUUUGGAAAAGACAUUUACAUACCGGUGAAACUGAAGGUAAAGGAAGAUCUGUCCUAUGAGAAGUCCAUCAGUAAGACUGCCCAUGUAGGAGGAGAUAUGAUUGUCAGCUGUAAAUACCCAGAAUCCCUCAGGAGUGACUCCAAGUUUCUCUGCAAGACGAGGCUGCAACGUGCUGCUUGUUCUUAUAAAGAAUCUGUUAAAGAAAGUAGAAAAUAUGUAAAUGAGGGGAAAUUCUCCCUGUAUGAUGACAGAGAAACACAAAUGUUGACUGUGAGUAUUAGAAGUGUAACUGAGCAGGACUCUGGUGAAUACUGGUGUGGAGCUGAAGCAGCCUGGACAUCUGAUCAUGGAUACAAGGUUUAUUUCACACAGAUCGACCUGACAGUUGCUGAUCCACGUGUCCCUGUUUCAGCAUCAGUGCCAACAAAAUAUUCAUUAACAUCUUUACCAACAUCAUCAUCACCAUCAUCAUCAUCAUCAUCAUCAUCCACGCUACUACUUCUCCCAAAUAAGCACAACUCCUGGCCUACUCCAGCUUCUCCUCCAGCAGGUGAUUCUGCUCAGAUCCUCAUCACCCCCAGAGUCUAA